AUGUCUCUUUUUCUCAUCCUCUCUCGUCUCAUCCUUUUCUUAUGGCCAUUGGUUUUUCAAUAUCGUCUUUCCUCUUACCUCAUGCAAAGAAAGUGUGGUCUCAAGAAUUGCUUGAUGUCCUCCCUUUUAAGUCUAUAAGUACUUCGAGAGAACUCACUUUGACUUGAUAGAAUGUCCUACGAACAAAAGUAGAUUUCUCUGUUUAAUCGAUCUUCAUCUUCUACAUCACCUCGUCUAACCAUGUUAUUCAUUCUCAUUGUUGUCCGGAAAUCAUCUUAGAAAAUACUGUAGAGAGAGAGAACACCACUUCUACUUCUUAGUAGGAUACCACUGCUUCUUGUUCUUAGUAGGACACACCACUUCUUAGGAUACCACCACUUCUUAAUAGGAUGAUCGAAGAAUUCUUGAGAACGCGCUAAUCUUAACGGUGGUCGCGUGGGUCGAGGCUGACAAUUUGGAGGCGUACGACCAUCUCGAUAUUCACGGACCGAGCCAGGAGGUGGCAUCGCUGCACCAUCAACCGAAUGGCACGUCUGCUGUCCAAGCGAGUGGCACAUAUGCACCAAUGCUAAUUGGAGGCACGUCUGCGCUGCAGAUUGGAAGCACGCCAACGACUGAGCAUGUGAUGAAUGUCGGGGGAGGAGACCGGCCUGCGCACGUGGAUAGUCCUGCUGAGGCAGCUCACAAACUGCGCAACACGCUGUACGAAAAGGUGAGAAGUCGUGAUGCCAAGAUCGUGUGCAUUUUGGGGGGAACGGAGUUUCAUGACCCUAAAUCCAAACCGUUGGUCGAAGCGAUGGCUAAAAAGUUGGGUGAGGCUGCGGGGGACACGAAUCUGAUAUUCGUUACCGGCGGUAUGGCUGGAGUCCAAGAAACAUUUGCGAAACACGUUGGAGAUCACUCGCCACUUUGGAAUCUACUGCCUGGGGACAACCCGUCAUCUCUCUACGGCGUCGGAGAAGACAUUCACGCAGGUGCUGACAUCGAAGAACGAAAAGCGAUUUUCGGUCUUCUUGGCGACAUUUACAUCACAGUCGAAGGCGGGCGGGGGGUGUCCCAGGAGACUACGGCUGCGCAUGCUCGCAGUGCCGUGGUAGUCCCUUUGAUUAGGACUGGAGGAGCGAGUAGUGGAAAGAUGGGCUUUCCACAAGGUGCUUUCCAAAAGCCCUCCUUUGCGACAGAAGAGCAGUGGAGCCUUUUGGCCGACGAGGGGGCUAAGAUUGCGGACACGGCCACUGCGGUGGUAGAAAUCGUGAAAGCCGCUGCUUCAAGUCUUCGAGAGACGGAGGCGCGCAUUGCCGAUCAUGGUGAAGGAUCUGGCCUUGGUGGUGCUGCCGCUACGACUGGCGCGCCUGGUGUCGCAAGUGCAGCUCCUGGCUGUUGCCGUGGUGCUGUCACUCUCGAUACUGCUACCGCAGCUGAAUCUAGGCAAAGCCAAAGCGCCGCAGAUGGCGCGUCUUUUGUCGAAGUCGGAGGACCUGGCUCUGGUGAUGGUGCUGUUGCUCGUACCGCAGCUGACCCUGGGCAAGCCAGGGAUGGAGACUCUACCACUACUAGCGCUAGCCGUACCAUUGCUACUUCUGGACCGUCUCUCUUAUGGGAAUUCCUACAAUGAGUAAUAACCUGUGUAUAAGCAAGGAGAUGUCAGCAAACGCAAUCGUAUGUAACAUAGUAGAGUAGAAAGAUCUACUAGAGAUCAUUAAGGUGGCGAUACGACCUUUACUGAGUGAGUAAUGGUGACUGACUUGACGAGAAUGAAUGUGACUUUCAGUCUCGAGUGUGUUCUUCAAAAAUACCCUCUUCCUUGUCCUCGUUGAUUGCUCCCACGCCGACCUCUCUAAAAAAAUCUCAUGCCAAAGCCACAGGAGAUUUAUCAGCGCCGCCGCCUGCAGAUGAAGGCGAGCCUGAUUACGUACCUGAGACAGCGACACCGGAAAAAGAGGCUUCUGGUGCAACUGCAACCGGUUCCAGUAUGCUCUACUGCGCUGCGUUUUGCAUGAUCUUGUGCGGUCUGGUUGGAUACGCCAAUGCCUUCUACAAGAAAGACACUCGCGCUGUUGGCAAUCAGGAUGAGGCGACGGACGGAGCCAUUUUUAAGGCUACUGACGACAGAUAGUAUGUAAUUUAUUCUUGAUGGUAUGAAUGUCCUUCGGGACGAGUCAGUGGUUCUGAUAUACUACUUCAACAGCGAUGAUUUUGUGGAUCUCUGUUGAAGUGGUAUAUCAGACCAACUCCCGGCGGCGGGCACUCUUGUCCAACUAGACCAACGGCAUACUAGCAUCCAUAGUACUUAUAAACAUUUAAGUGUACCCUAGUCCUAGAGUAGUAAAAAGCACGCAGUUCGUCGCUCCAAAGCACAUUUCUGUGUGCUCGUGCAUAGCAGUAGCCUUCUUCUGCUUGUUGUCCUUCUUCUACCCGCCACUCUAAGAAUCCUGCAGAAGAGGACUACGAGGAGGAUACAAGAUACCCUGCGGACGAGGGUGAGUCUUCCAUGCCUCUCCUGUACUACUCCGAUGAAGACGAGGAAUCUCUUCCAGCUGAUGCCCAUGAGCCGACCACACCUCUGGUGAUCAAGUUGCCAGACCACCUGAGAGGAAUAUUUAAGACAACCUUGAUAAAUCGAGGUAUACUAUAACUCAUUUAACGAAUAGGACUACCUUAAGUUUAACUACAAGUAUAUCAAUAUCAACCGCAAAGACUACAUAUAAUCAGUCAUCACAGGAGAGAGAACUUCAUCUAGCGAAUCUUCAAAAACACACAAAGGGCUUGAAAGUACUAGUAGCUGAGUCUCAAAUAUUCAGACCCUUGAUUUGCUCUUUGUCUUUUGUUUUCUUCUUUCUACUCGAAGUUGACAAGGUACAGGAAAAAACCUGAGGAAGAAGAAGUUGUUUGGGAUGAAGAAGAAGCUCUACGAAACCCUUUCUGAUUUGCUUAUUUUCUUGUAGGGUUACCCUAGUAUGAUCUAAGUCAAGCUGGCCGCGUGUCGCUUCCCAAGAGAGCAAGCCAAACGAUUUUCGGGAGAAAAUGCGCAAGCAGAUGAAGGCCAAAGAUGAUUGGAAUCGUGAACGUCUUCCAAAUGACGGCGCGGUGGUGAAAUCGUCACUGCAUUAGAGGUACUCAGGAUGAUCUUGACGUUUAUUCUUGUACAACAACAACAUAAACAUUUCCUAUCAUUAUAAGGCUACAAGAAACCCAUCUUCCCAGGCAUCUUGGUCCCGUUUCUAAAAAGGGAAAAGGAGACCCAAGAUGCUGCUGAAGAUGGAUUUAUGUAAGUUCUAACAUCAUUGAUACUGCUUUGGGGCUUCUACGGUAGUCAUGAAACGACUGCAAAAACAGGAGCAGCGACGAUUGAUGGAUCUGCAAGUGUUAGAUUGGUGAAAUCAAUCCACAGUAACAACUGAAAAUGUAUGUUCUUUCUCCACAUGUUAUUUUUACAGGUUUUCAUUCUCCAGUCGAAAACGAGAUACGAGGUGGUUGGCCUUGGUGUGGACGAGAUCGGGUUGUGA